AUGAACAUACCUUCCUUCUUAUACGCAGACUUCCAAUGGUGGAUCAAUAUCUUAUCGGAUCAGAAUCAGGCUAACGCCAUACGCUCAGGUAUCCCUACGCGAGAGCUUUUCUCAGACGCAUCCCUAUCAGGCUGGGGAGCAGCUUAUGGAGACUUACGCACCCAUGCUGCCUUCUACGCUCUAAAGUGCUUCGCUUCGGACCUUGCUAAUUGCGACAUCCUGCUGCGCUUGGAUAAUACCACAGCAAUCUCGUAUAUCAAUCGUUUUGGUUCGAUCCAGCAUCCACAUCUUAUGUUAUUGGCAAAGCAAAUAUGGCACUGGUGUGAAGAACGCAAUAUCUUCUUGUUCGCAUCCUACAUUGCCUCCAUUCAUAACACCAUCGCAGAUUAUGAAUCAAGAAUUAUUAGCCCGGUAACCAAAUGGUCCUUAUUUCAGGCGGCCUUUUUAGCUUUAUCAAAGUCCCUCGGCCCCUUUGAUAUGGACUUUUUCGCAUCCACUCUUAAUGCAAAGUGUGAGGCUUACGUCUCCUGGCUCUCAGAUCCGGGAGCUGUGUCGAUUGACGCCUUCACGAUUUCCUGGACGAGCUUACGGUUCUACGCCUUCCCCUCUUUUAUUUUAAUUCCACGUAUGUUACGAAAAAUUAUAAAUGAAAAAGCAACCAGUGUCGUGGUGAGCCCAUCAUCCAGCUUGGAGAUCCCUUUCCCUGGUGGCCGGGAGCUUAUCAGGCGAAGCUUUAUCGACCGAGAGGUUCCCUCGCAUGCUUUGGAACCUACCUUAGCCUCACUAACAGAUUCAACAAUUAAACAGUACUACAAACCACUUUACGAUUGGUGGACCUUCUGUCACUCAGGAUCAAUUCCGCUGUUUUUGCCAACGCCCGCUGAAGCCUUGGACUUUCUGGCGCAGCAAUUAAAUCAAUCGAACUCAUAUUCCACGAUCAAUACAGCACGCUCAGCAAUAUCUCUCAUCUCUCACAAUGAAAUCGGUACCCACCCGCUAAUCAAGCGCUUCUGUAAAGGCGUAAGCGCUCUCAAACCUCCUCGCCCUCGCUACAACCUUAUAUGGGACGCAGCUCCGGUUGUUGCGAAAUUAGCCACCUUGUAUCCAUACGACUCACUCCCUUUAAAAGUUAUCUCGAAAAAGCUCGCAUUACUUCUCGCUCUUGCCACGGGUCAACGCGUCCAAACCCUAGCCGCCUUACGAUUGUCACAAAUACAUCUAAACUGGUGA